CAACGUCAUCAGUAUGCAUCGGCGUGCAUAGAGGCAGUUCGAUCUAACCCUGUGAUAAUCCUGAAGAGGUGUAUUAUGCCAGAACAAGGAAACUGUGAAAAUAAGAAGCACUCAGUUAUAAGAUAAAACUAUUGUAUCUGUAUAUGGAAUGUGAUACCUGAAAUAGUUUCCAAGAUGAGUGAAAGCGAAUCCAUUUAUGGGACAACUUUGUCUCAAGAAUCCAUCAAAGUAAUAGCAGAGAGCAUUGGUGUUGGCAACUUCCCAGAUGAGGCUGCAAAGGAUCUUGCAGAGGAUGUUAGCUACAGGCUGAAAGAAAUUAUUCAAGAUGCUACAAAAUUCAUGAGGCAUGGGAAACGUCAGCGAAUGACUACGCAUGAUAUAGAUCAUGCGUUGAAGAUUAAAAACAUUGAGCCAACAUAUGGAUUUUUUGCCAAGGAUCACAUACCAUUUCGUUUUGCAUCGGGUGGUGGCAGAGAAUUGCAUUUUGUGGAGGAAAAGGAGAUUGAUCUUAACGAGGUUGUAUCUAUGGCUGGUGGACAAACAUGGCCCAAGUUACCUUUGGAAAUUACAUUGCGUGCUCAUUGGCUAUGUAUCGAUGGGGUACAACCUACUAUACCAGAAAAUCCACCUCCAGUAUCAAAAGAUGUCCAGAAAUUGGAGAGUGUCGAUCCAACGACUAAGCUGUCUAGCAAAAAUCAAAACAUUGGUAUCGGCAAACCGGGUGGUGGUGGUAAAAGUCAGAAGCUAAGGAAUGUGGAGACUAUUCACGUGAAACAGCUUGCAACUCACGAGCUCAGUGUGGAACAGCAAUUGUAUUACAAAGAAAUAACCGAAGCAUGCGUUGGAUCUGAUGAAGCUCGCAGAGCAGAGGCUCUUCAGUCACUUUCAGCAGAUCCAGGUCUGCACGAAAUGUUAGCACGUAUGUGUACCUUCAUUGCGGAAGGCGUACGGGUCAAUGUGGUACAGAAUCAUCUUGCACUACUCAUCUAUCUUAUGCGAAUGGUCAAGGCUUUGCUUGACAACCCGAGUCUUUAUCUGGAGAAAUAUCUUCAUGAAUUAAUACCGUCGGUUGCAACUUGCAUAGUUUCUCGACAAUUAUGCAUGAGACCAGAAGUAGAUAAUCAUUGGGCAUUACGAGAUUUUGCUUCCCGUUUGAUGGCACAGAUAUGUAAAAAUUUUAACACUUCUACAAAUAAUGUACAAACUAGGGUUACCCGUAUGUUUAGUCAAGCAUUGGCAAAGAACAGUCAGACACCAUUAGCGUCUCUUUAUGGAGCAAUUGAAGGACUCUGUGAAUUAGGUCCAGAAGUGAUUAAAGCUUUGGUUAUUCCUAAAAUUAAAUCUAUUUCCGAUCGUAUCGAAUCAUGCAUUGAGGGCCAAGGACUGGAUAAAAAUGGAGCAGGACAUAUCAAAACUCUGCUUGUGAAAUCAGUUGCUCCAGUUUUGAAAACAAUACGGUCCCCGCCUGAUUAUGUGGACAGUUACAAACAGGAUUAUGGAUAUAUAGGUCCUGCAUUGUGUGCUGCAGUUGCAAAAGCUCGCACACAACCUAUUGCUCUAGCAACCACAACCACAACUACCACUACAGCACUUACAACGAAUCAACAGGUACAUUCCAAUUGUACGGGAAAAACACUUGUGCAAACAGUGACUAGUUCGAGUCCUGGACAGCAACCCGGUCGCGCAAUUAUGCUUGGUACAAGCAGGAAUGCUAGCGGAACUCCCGCUCCUGGACAAAAAUUCGUCAUCUUGCAGUCGCGCUCGCAAACACCUACUGCCUCUAAUAUGAAUACCAGUGCGAUUCAACAGCAACAAUCGCAAGGACAACAGCAGCAACAGCAACAACCACCACAACAACAACAACAACCAUCACCUCAGCAAGUUAAAUUGGCACAGACCAAUGUUGGCCAACAAAAGGCACACGUACCAACUUCCACUACAAAAGUAGUUGUAGUGUGCAUGGCUGCCAGUAAUCAUACUAAUACAUCAGUGACGCAACAAGCGAAUCUCACGGCAACGACGCAAAAUGUCUUCGUAACACAACAGAAUGUUGAAGGGUCACUUAGUCCAGAAGAGGAGCACUCGUUUCAAUAAAAGUAUACACAUAUAUACUUUUAUAUAUAUAUAUAUAUAUAUA